GCAGAGACACAGAGACACAGACACACACACACACACUCUGUUUCUCUCGCCACUGCGUUUCCCUUUCUCUCUCUAACACACUCGAAUACUCACUGCCCACUUGCCCACUCCUCCUCCUCCUCCUCCUCCCCCCCCUGUCCCCUCCAAAAUAUAUUCACCCAACUCGUCUCCUUCUUCCUCCUCACUCCUUCCCUCCUUCUUCUUCUCCUUCUCUCUCUAACAAUGCUUCGCUCUUCUUCAUCCUCCGUCUUCUUCUUCUUCUUCUUCUUCUUCUUCUUCUGGGUCGUGGUGGUUUCUCGUUUGUUGUGCCCUGCCGUUUGUCUGACCCAGGAGGGGCUCUACCUCCACUCCGUGAAGCUCGCCCUCUCCGACCCGUCCUCCUCCCUCUCCUCAUGGGACCCACUUGAUGCCACCCCCUGCAACUGGGUCGGCGUCAUUUGCGACCACACCUCCUCCGUCACCGCCCUCGACCUCUCCAGCCUCAACCUCGCCGGGCCCCUCUCCGCCGUCUCCCCUCUCCUCUGCCGCCUCCCCUCUCUUUCCUUCCUCUCCCUCUCCAACAACUCCGUCAACUCUUCCCUCCCCUCCGACCUCUCCUCCUGCCGCCGCCUCUCCCACCUCGACGUCUCCCAGAACCUCCUCACCGGCUCCCUCCCCUCCUCCCUCGCCGACCUUCCCUCCCUCCGCUACCUCGACCUCACCGGAAACAACUUCUCCGGCGACAUCCCCGACUCAUUCGGCCGCUUCCAGUCCCUCGAGGUCCUCUCCCUCGUCUACAACCUCUUCGACGGCGUCAUCCCCCCCUUCCUCGGCAACAUUUCCACCCUCAAGAUGCUCAAUCUCUCCUACAACCCCUUCACCCCCGCUCGGAUCCCGCCGGAGCUCGGCAACCUCACCAACCUCGAGGUCCUCUGGCUCACCGAAUGCUCCCUGACCGGCCACAUUCCUGACUCCCUCGGCAAACUCAGUAAGCUCGCCGACUUGGACCUCGCCUUCAACUAUCUGGACGGUCCGCUGCCGAGUUCGCUCGCUGGGCUGGCCAGCGUCGUCCAGAUCGAGCUCUACAACAACUCUCUCACCGGAGAGCUCCCAAAGGGGCUCGGGAACCUCACUCGGCUCCGACUCCUCGACGCCUCGAUGAACCACUUGACGGGCCCCGUCCCGGACGAGUUGACUCGGCUCCCGCUCGAAUCUCUGAACCUCUACGAUAACGCGUUCACCGGCGAGUUGCCGGAGAGCAUCGCCGACUCCCCCAACCUCUACGAGCUCAGGCUGUUCAAGAACAAGCUCACCGGCGAGCUCCCCAAGACUUUAGGCAAGAACUCUCCCCUGCGGUGGAUUGACGUGUCGAGCAACAAAUUUUCCGGCCAAAUCCCGUCCACCCUGUGCGACAGUGGCGAACUAGAGGAGGUUCUGAUGAUUGAGAACUCAUUUUCGGGUCCGAUCCCGGUGAGUUUAGGGAAUUGCCGGAGUCUGUACCGGAUCCGCCUUGGCUACAAUCAGCUCUCCGGGGAGAUCCCAAGCUCGAUUUGGGGGCUGCCCCAUGUGUCCUUACUUGAGGUCGUCGAUAACUCGCUCUCUGGUCCAAUCGGGGAGAGUAUAGUCGGUGCUCGUAAUCUCUCGAGCUUGAUUUUAUCCAGGAACAGCUUUAGCGGGUCAAUCCCGAGUGGGAUUGGGAGUUUACCUAACCUCGUUGAUUUCUUAGCUAGUGAUAAUAAGCUCAGUGGGUCUCUGCCUGAAAGUAUUGCGAAUCUGGGGCAGUUGGGGAGGCUUGAUCUUCACAACAAUGCUCUCACUGGUGAGCUCCCGAGUGGAAUUGGGAAUUGGAAGAAGCUCAAUGAGCUUAAUCUAGCUCAUAACAGCUUAUUGGGUAGUAUUCCUUUGGAGAUGGGGAGCCUGUCUGUGCUCAACUAUCUCGAUCUUUCCGAUAACAGGCUGUCCGGGAAAAUUCCAAUCGAGCUGCAGAAUUUGAAGCUGAAUCAGCUCAACUUGUCCUACAAUAGGCUUACAGGGGAUUUGCCCCCUCUCUUUGGCAAGGAAGUGUACAGAAAUAGCUUUGCUGGGAACCCGGGCUUAUGUGGAGAUUUGGAGGGCCUUUGUGAUUCUAGGAACGAGGUGAAGAAACAGGGUUAUGUUUGGAUGCUCCGAUCAAUAUUUAUACUUGCUGGGCUAGUGUUCAUUUUGGGAGUGGCUUGGUUCUACAUGAAGUAUAGGAACUACAAGAAUGAUAGGAGAGCUAUUGAUAAGUCCAAGUGGAUGUUGAUGUCCUUCCACAAGUUGGACUUCAGCGAGGAUGAGAUCCUUGAUUGUCUCGAUGAGGACAAUGUGAUCGGAACUGGGUCAUCAGGGAAGGUUUACAAGGUGGUGCUCGGCAAUGGUGAAGCUGUUGCAGUGAAGAAACUGUGGGGCAGGAUCAGGAAGGAAAGUGGGACCAAUGGCGGAGAUCUCGAGAAAGGAGGCUGUAACCUGCCUGAUGACGGGUUCGAUGCAGAGGUCCAGACUCUGGGGAAGAUUAGGCACAAGAACAUAGUGAAGCUCUGGUGCUGUUGUACUACUCGAGACACAAAGCUUCUAGUAUAUGAGUAUAUGCCUAAUGGUAGUCUGGGAGAUUUGUUGCAUAGUAGCAAAGGCGGGCUACUGGACUGGCCCACUAGGUACAGGAUUGCCGUCGAUGCUGCCGAGGGGCUUUCCUAUCUCCACCAUGAUUGCGUCCCUCCAAUCGUUCACAGAGAUGUGAAGUCGAACAACAUUCUGCUUGAUGGAGAAUUCGGUGCUCGGGUAGCUGAUUUUGGCGUGGCUAAGGUGGUUGAUUCGACGGGCAAGGGGCUCAAGUCCAUGUCUGUCAUAGCCGGUUCCUGUGGCUAUAUUGCUCCAGAAUACGCCUAUACGCUUCGGGUGAAUGAGAAGAGUGACAUAUACAGCUUUGGGGUUGUACUUCUCGAACUGGUCACUGGGAGACUCCCAGUGGACCCUGAGUUUGGAGAGAAGGAUCUGGUAAAGUGGGUGUGCGUGACCCUCGACCAGAAAGGGGUCGACCAUGUCAUUGACCCGAAGCUCGAUUCAUGCUUCAAGGAAGAGAUCUGCAAGGUUGUGAACGUGGGGCUCCAGUGCACGAGCCCGCUCCCCAUCAACCGCCCCUCAAUGAGGAGGGUCGUGAAGCUGUUGCAGGAAGUGAGCUCCGACAACCCUCUAAAGAAAACCACCAAGGACGGGAAGCUAACGCCUUACUACUAUGAAGAUGCCUCAGAUCAGGGGAGUGUAGCCUGAGAGAACUUUUUACCCCGAUUUUGUCCUGAUAAUGUGGGUCCCAAACAAGAGGAAAGGCUAUGCUUCUUCCUUGAAUUUUUCCGGGUGAUGAAUUUCUCAGCCUACUCGGUGACGAAGAAGCAAGAAAAACAAGAUUUUCAGAAACAGGAGAUCGAAGUAAAGAAGAAAGUUACUAUUUAUUAGGUAUUAGGUGUUUGUUUGCUUGUUGAUGCUUAUAUAAUGUAAAGUAUAUAUGUUUUCAUCAUUGAAAGCUUCUUUCAAAUGAGCAGAGCACGAGAAGCUGCUGCAUGUUUGGUGGGAAAUAUGUGGAGAGAUGGAGAUGUGGGUCUGUUUUUAGCCAACAACUGAAUGAAAUAGUAAAAUCUUUCUGCUUUUGCUGUUUA